CCUCUAAACUGAGAGGGAGAGAGCGAGAAACAGAAAGGAAAACCCCCUUCUCUCUUCUCCCUCCCUCUUCUUCAUUUUUUUUUCUUUCUUACUCCAUUUUCUCUCUCCUCAAAUUCCUCGUUUUGUUUAUCUUCUUUCACUCCUUCAAAGAUCGCACUUUUAAACAAUUUCACAUUCGAUUCUGAAACAUUCGUGUGCAAAUUUCUCUUGUUGUUGAUGUUGUGGAGUGGUAAGGAGACAAGUGGAGUGUUUGCUUGCGUUUGCGUUUGGUUAGUGUUUACACGAGUUUUCGAUCGACAACGCGGUGAAUUUUUUGAUAUCUGAAUGCAAAAGUCACUGAAUUCGAGCUCGGAUGGUGUAAUUUGAGGUCUGGGUAUUUUGAAUUUCUGUUUUAUUUAAUUUAAUUUUACUUUUAUUAUCUUGUUUCCUCCGAAUUCCGGCGACCAAAGAUUGAUUGAUCGGAAACAAUGGAGGAGAGAGAAAAAGGAGGUAAUUCUCCUCCGAAAUCGACUACGACUGCUGAUUUUCCGGCGAAGAAGCUCGCUAGACAGCUUGAUUUCACCUCGGCUAGUGGUGCUUCUCAACCACUUUCCAUAUCAGUAGCUCAACCUCCUUCCACGUCAGCAGCUCAUCGGCCACCUCAGCCUCCACCGCUGCCUCAAGUGGUUGUUAUGCCGCCGUCGCACCUGGAAGCGGCUCAAACGCCACCUCUCCCUUCAGUGCGACUGAUAAAGCCUGAAUCACCUAGGGCACGACCACGAGCUAAUGUUGAAGCCAAAGAUGGUACUCCAAAGCGGCAGAAGCAAUGUAACUGUAAACAUUCACGAUGUUUGAAGUUGUAUUGUGAGUGCUUUGCUUCUGGAGUGUACUGUGAUGGGUGCAACUGUAAUAAUUGUUGUAACAAUGUUGAGAAUGAGGCUGCUCGAAGAGAAGCGGUUGAAGCUACCUUAGAACGCAACCCAAAUGCUUUCAGGCCAAAAAUUGCAAGCAGUCCACAUGGCAAUAGAGACAGCAGAGAAGAUGCUGGAGAUGUCGUGGUGGCAAAGCACAACAAGGGAUGCCAUUGCAAGAAGUCAGGGUGUUUGAAGAAGUACUGCGAGUGCUUUCAAGCAAACAUUCUAUGCUCCGAUAAUUGCAAAUGUAUUGACUGCAAAAAUUUCGAAGGAAGUGAAGAGCGGCAAGCUCUCUUCCAUGGUGAUCAUGCAAAUAAUUUAACUUAUGUGCAGCAGGCAGCCAAUGCUGCUAUUACUGGUGCUAUUGGAUCAUCUGGCUUCACUUCUACGCCCAAUUCGAGAAAACGGAAGGGUCAAGAGCUCUUUUUUGGGCCAGCUUCUAAAGAUCCUUCUCUUUCAAGAGUUGGACAGUUACAACAGGCAAGCCAUACUAAAACAUCAGGACCCUCUGCUGCGGUAUCUUCUGGUUCUGCUUCCCGAGCUGUUAAUUCUGUAUCACUAGGAGGUUCCAAGUUUACAUACAGGUCUCUCUUAGCUGACAUCAUCCAACCACAAGAUGUGAAGGAGCUCUGCUCAGUUUUAGUGGUAUUAUCUGAAGAGGCUGCCAAGACAAUUGCAGAAUCUAAUACUGCUGAAGAAAACCGGGCAGAAGAUGGACGAGAAACUUCACAUGCAUCGCCAGUUCAGGACAUAUUUCAGUGCCAAGAUGAAUCAGAUUUGAAGACGGUACUUGAUGAAUCUGCCAGUGGAAAUGUAAAUGAUAGUAUAAGCCCUGAUGAUUCUAGCUUAGAUGGCAAUGAUCUACCCAAAUCCAGGCCAAUGUCCCCAUUAACUCUAGCUUUGAGGUGUGAUGAGCAAGAUACUAUGUUCAUGGCAGCUGAUUCCCCUAAUGGGUUAGCCAACCAUGUCCACUCAUCAUCUUCGCGAUUGCGAGAGCAGAGCACCUCAGAGGUGUAUGCUGAGCAAGAAAGAAUUGUCUUGGCAAAGUUUCGAGAUUGCCUCAAUAGGCUUAUUACAUUUGGAGAACUAAAAGAAACGAAAUGUUCUUCCUUAGCUAGAUCUGAUUCUAUAAGCUUUCAAGAAACCGGCAAUGGCGCUGCCAAAUCGAGAAGCGAUGGUCGAAAUCAGCAAGACCAUUUUAGCAACGGUGUUUCUAGACCCAUCAUUGCAGCAUCAACUAAGACUCCUUCAAUGAUUGCAGCUACCGUCACUGCUGCUCCAUCCAACAAUCUUAUCUCCCAAAAUCCUCCCCGAACUGAAAAUGGUGAUGUCAAACCAAGCAUAUAGAAGUUUACAUAUAAACGGCUCGGGGAUUGCAUUGACAUUCUGGUAAAGAUAAGAGAUUGCAUUCAGAGGCAAGCUGCUGUACUGUUCCAGGAUGGUGAUGUUAUGGGUAGUCAUUUUACUGCUACGAUCCUCCUAAUCUGCGCAACCGACAAAUGUCAUCGUAGUUCAAGAUUAAAUUGUCGAAAAGAUGUAAAAUGCUUAUUCUGUAUACGUGCACUAGUAUCUUGUAUUGAUAGAUGCUAGUGUUUCUUUUUCCAGUCUUUUAAUUAUUAGCCUAAGAUGGAGCAAAAGAAUUUGCUGGUAUUAUAAUUCUAGCAAACAGUCAGGCACUACACGAUAGCAUUGUACAUGGGAAAUUUGCUUACUUUCGUUUUAGUUCCAAUAGUAGUUGAUUAUUGAAAUUCAGUCUCAUUUUUGCUUA